CCCCCGCUGGAUCAAUCGCUGCCCGUCGAUCCAGCGGGUAGUGUAGACAAGCCCUAAGAAGCCAGGAAAAUCUACCUGGCUUGCAACAUGCUGGAGUUCCGGACCUUGAACGACAUCAUCACAGGCCAGAACUUCGAGCAGCACCUGCUGCCACACCCCUGGGCCAGGACGGACCACGUAGUCUUCAACGGCUCCCUCUACUACAAGUACCAGAGCAACAUCGUGGGGAAGUACCACUUCUGCUCACGCAGCAUGCUGGUGCAGCGCAGCCUGAACGCCGCCAGCUCCAACAACACCUUCCCCUACUCCUGGGGGGGCUUCUCCGACAUCGACUUCAUGGUGGAUGAGAACGAGCUGUGGGCGGUCUACAUCACCAAUCAGAACGCCGGCAACAUUGUGGUGAGCAAGGCAGACCCACAGAUGCUGGAGAUCCUGCGCAGCUGGGACACCGGCUACCCCAAGCGCAGCACCGGCGACUCCUUCAUGAUCUGCAGCACCCUCUACGUCACAAACUCCCACCUGGCCGGGGCCAAGAUCUAUUUUGCCUACUACACAAACACUUCUAGCUACAAGUACACGGACAUCCCAUUCCACAACCAGUACUCUCACAUCUCCAUGCUGGACUACAACCCGCAGGAGAGGGUGCUGUACACGUGGAACAAUGGCCACCAGGUCGUGUGCAACAUCACACUCUUCCAUGUCAUAAAGACUUCGGGCCAGUUGUGA